AGAAAUCACAAACAGUGAGGUUGAGGUUGAGGUCGACUGAAGGGACGAAGAAGAAGAAGAAGGAAAUGUCAGUUGUACAAUUCUCUCAACCAUUUCAGUACACUUGGUUGACGAAUUUAAGCUCUCCAUAUCUUCCGCCGCAGCUUUACGCGUUUCCGACGAGCCUCAGACACCGUCGACGCCGCAUUGUGCAGCACAGAGCUUCCGUUGGGCUCCGUUGUCCCUCAGCCAUGGCGAUUGAUGAUGGCGCCACUUCUUCCUCUUCUGCGCUUCUGGAUGAUGGAAUUCUGUAUUCUCGAGCAUUUUGGGUUAGCCAAGAAAUAAUUGUUUGGGAUGUGGCUGCUGGAGAUGGUUCUUGUUAUCUCUAUGGCAGCAAAAAUGCUAAACUAUCUCUAGAAAAUGGGGAGGUCAAAGGCUAUGAUGUAGAAGUUAGGCUCGAAGAAAGUAAAGAAAGGCUUCCCAAACAUGUGAUACAGAAAUUUCCUUAUAUUCAAGAUUUACGAUCCUUCCAAGUUCCUUCUGCCAUGGAUGUCAAAUCUUUAUUGAAGUCUCAGAUGGCUAUUGCUAUUUUAAACUCUGCCGGAGAAUGCACCAACAUUGCUGGUCUGCAGUUACCCGGUAUCAUGGAUGAAUUAUUUUCUUACAAUGGUCCUCUAGGUGUGAUUUUUUCAUCUGAAGCUGUUUCUCUGUACCUUUGGGCACCUACAGCACAGAAUGUACGCGCUUUAAUUUAUAAAGAACCUCAAGGCAGUGAUCCUUAUGAGGUUGUCCAGCUCAAGGAGUUGAAUGGUGUUUGGAGUGCAAAAGGUCCUAUUACAUGGGAGGGCAGCUACUAUGUCUAUGAAGUCUCUGUUUACCAUCCCAGCACAAUGCGGAUUGAAAAAUGUUUUGCAAAUGAUCCAUAUGCACGAGGGAUUUCAGCCGAUGGCCGACGAACCCUUAUUGUUAAUGUUGAUUCUGAGAUUUCGAAACCAGAAGCUUGGGAUAGUUUGGUACAUGAAAAGCCAAGUCUCGGUUCCUUUUCUGACAUAAGUAUAUAUGAAUUGCAUGUGAGGGAUUUCAGCGCCAUUGAUGAUACAGUGCCCUCCGACUUUCGCGGAGGCUACCUUGCAUUUACUUCUGUGGACUCAGCUGGAAUGCUUCAUCUUAAAAGGUUAUCUAGUGCUGGUAUCUCACAUAUUCAUCUACUGCCAGUCUUCCAUUUUGCUGGUGUUGAUGAUGAGAAGGUUAAAUGGAAGAAUAUAGAUUUUCAGAUGCUUGAAUCAUAUCCUCCAGACUCUGAUGAACAGCAGGCUCAUAUAACUGCCAUCCAGAAUGAAGAUGGUUAUAACUGGGGUUAUAACCCUGUUCUUUGGGGUGUCCCAAAAGGAAGCUAUGCUAGCAAUGCUGAUGGCUCAACCCGCAUAUUAGAGUUCCGCAAAAUGGUGCAGGCGCUAAAUCAGAUUGGUCUUCGCGUUGUACUGGAUGUUGUCUACAAUCACUUACAUGCAAGUGGUCCCUAUGAUGAGAACUCUGUCUUAGACAAGAUUGUACCAGGUUAUUACCUCAGGAGGAACCUUGAUGGCUUAAUCGAACACAGUACCUGCAUAAACAAUACAGCCAGUGAGCACUAUAUGGUUGAACGGUUGAUUAUUGAUGAUCUAUUGCACUGGGCUAUCAAUUAUAAGGUUGAUGGAUUCCGUUUUGACCUCAUGGGUCACAUAAUGAAACGUACAAUGGUAAAGGCUAAAAAGAUGCUUCAGAAUUUAUCAAGACAAAAUAAUGGAGUAGAUGGAUCUACCAUCUAUAUAUAUGGUGAAGGAUGGGACUUUGGAGAAGUGGCGAAUAAUGCACGUGGUGUAAAUGCAUCACAGUUCAACCUUUCUGGAACUGGAAUUGGAAGCUUCAAUGAUCGGAUUAGAGAUGCAGUGCUUGGUGGAUCUCCAUUUGGACAUCCGCUUCAACAAGGUUUUGUAACAGGUUUGUCUUUGGAGCCCAAUGGACAUGACCACGGAAGCAAGGCUAAUGUAGACAGGACACUUGGUGUAUUAAGGGAUCACAUUCAGAUUGGGAUGGCUGCUAACCUCAAGGAUUUCAUUCUCACCAACCAUGACGGCAAAGAGGUGAAAGGAUGUGAAAUUUCACUGCAUGAUGGGAAACCAGUUGCAUAUGCUUCAUCACCUGUCGAGAUAGUGAACUAUGUUUCUGCUCAUGACAACGAGACAUUGUUCGACAUUGUGAGUCUGAAGACUCCGGUAAAUAUCUCUCUGGAUGCAAGAUGCAGGAUGAACCAUUUAGCAACAAGCAUAAUAGCUCUUUCCCAGGGAAUACCUUUUUUCCAUGCUGGUGAUGAGAUUCUACGCUCUAAAUCAUUAGAUCGCGAUUCAUAUAAUUCUGGUGAUUGGUUCAACAGGUUAGAUUUCACCUACAACUCUAACAAUUGGGGCAUUGGCCUUCCUCCAAAAGAAAAGAACAAGCAUAAUUGGCCACUAAUUAAAACCAGACUGGCAGAUCCUGCCUAUAAGCCACAGAAGAGUCACAUCCUUGCAGCACUAGAGAACUUUUCAAGCUUCAUUGGCAUCAGAUACUCUUCACCACUAUUCCGUUUGGGUUCUACGAAAGAAAUCCAGGAACGCAUACAGUUCCACAACAACGGUCCUUCAUGGCUCCCGGGCGUGAUUGUAAUGAGCAUCGAAGAUGGGUUUGAAGGGAUACCUGGACUUCCUCAACUUGAUUCCAACUACUCAUACAUUGUCGUUAUAAUCAACAUGCGCCCGACUCCUAUCGAAUUCACCAGCCAACCUUUGAAGGGACGGCGUCUACAACUGCACCCAAUCCAGUUGAAUUCGACAGAUGAUGUUGUCAAGGACUCGUCCUACGACUCGCCCUCCGGUUCAUUCAAAGUACCUUCGAGGACUACCUCAGUUUUCGUCGAGCCUCGGACCACUUGAGAAACUCCCGGAAUUGUUGUCGAUUCAGGUGUGCCUUUCUUCGUUUAGCAUAAGAAAAUCAUGAUAUGAUAUAAAUAAACAUCGAAUCGAUCAUUAAGCAUGAACUCAUACAGCAUUUCUAGGAAUGAAAUUCAGCUUCUGAUAGUCUUAAAAUGUUGUUCUAAGUGUUUGAUAUUGUAGAAAAAUGUUAUUUUUGUCCUAUACCAUGAUAGUAUACUAUAUGUACUAUCUCUGUACGGCUUUAAGGACUCAUUUACUUUUUGUAUGUU